CUUACAUGACAUUCCAGACAUAUAGAAGAGGGCAGUGUAACCAAACCCCCUUUUCUAUUCCCAACGCCAACAGAUAGUUUGACGACACAUGAUUGGCUCUUGGUACGAGGAACCAAACAGUUGAUUGGUGCAUUUGCAAAAAACCGGCAGAAGACAAAAGUGGACGAACAAAAAUAAUACAGUAGCCACUGGAAUAGCAACUGUUCAUUUGCCAGGAGCCCAAUGAUAAAUGAACCAUGCUAGAUCCAAUGGAGAAUGGCUUGUUUGACAUUCCUGACUAUGACAACAUAGAUGAGGAGACCUUUCCUCCUCUCCCCCCUCCCUUCUCACCAGGAGAGGGAGGAGAUCCUUUUACAGGGGAGGAGGGCGGAGAGAUCUCCAAGUUGGCCGAAGUCCCUGCUGCCAAGAGGAGAGGCGUGAAGAGACCACAGCCUAAACUGGACUCUCAGAGGCUGACAUCAGAAAGAGGACUUCCGGCUCUUCGCACCCUGUUUGACAACGUUCAUUUCAAAGGCAAAGGACAUGAGGCUGAGGACUUGCGGGUGCUGAUGCAGAGGAUGGAGAACUGGGCUCACAGGCUGUACCCCAAACUACAGUUUGAAGACUUCAUAGACAAACUGGAGACGCUAGGCGGCAAGAAAGAAGUCCAGACCUGUCUCAAGAGAAUACGGUUGGACAUGCCGUUAAUACAUGAAGACUUCAUAGGAGACGGCGGUGAGGACGACGCCGCGGCGUCGACAGACGGACGUGUCGUCAACCAUGACGACCCAGACCCGUUUGGAGAUGGGGGUUUCGCUGAAGACCCCCCAGGACUGGUCCUCUCUACCCCAGCUGCUGCUCCCUCCCUGUUCCCUUCCUCCCAGGCUGGCCCGGUCCACUCCACCCCAGCCGCUGCUCCCUCCCUGUUCCCUUCCUCCCAGGCUGGCCCGGUCCACUCCACCCCAGCCCCCUCCCUGACAGAGGAACAGCAGAGACGUAUAGAACUCAACAAACGGCUUGCCUUAGAGAGGAGACUGGCCCGCAUGCAGCAACACACAGAUGGCUCCCAGGAGGUUACCUCCAGCCAGUCAGCAGACGGACCCUCUACCUCCCAGCCCCAGGAGAUGGCCUCCAGCCAGUCAGCAGACGGACCCUCUACCUCCCAGCCCCAGGAGAUGGCCUCCAGCCAGUCAGCAGACGGACCCUCUACCUCCCAGCCCCAGGAGAUGGCCUCCAGCCAGUCAGCAGACGGACCCUCUACCUCCCAGCCCCAGGAGAUGGCCUCCAGCCAGUCAGCAGACGGACCCUCUACCUCCCAGCCCCAGGAGAUGGCCUCCAGCCAGUCAGCAGACGGACCCUCUACCUCCCAGCCCCAGGAGAUGGCCUCCAGCCAGUCAGCAGACGGACCCUCGACCAGGUCCUCCUCACACCCCUUCCCCAGCCAGCAGCAGCAGCAGCAGGAUGGGGAGGAUGAAGACCCGGACCAGGGAGACCCAGAGGACAAGGGCCAGAGCAGACCAGACCACCCCAGGGACAGAGCUCUAAACACAGCUUCCCCUGCUGAGGCUGACUCCCUGGUGUGUGAGGGAGCAGUAGCCAGCCCUGUUCCUGAGAUGAGCAAUGGCAGUGACGACAGCAGCGACUGAGUCACACACAAACACACGGAGGACAGAACCGCUGCCCCCCCCCCCAACAUCCAUGGCUCCAGCUGUAAGCAUACACACUCACCCAGCACUAAGGGACGCUGUCCUCUAGGACUGACAACUCAUCUGAGGAUGUUUUCUCUCUGUUCAAGUACAUUUUCAAUGAAGUUUAAACAAAUCUAAAACAUGGUCAUGUGUUGUCAACCAUUUUUACUCUUUAAUAAAUGUUGCCAUACGGGCCAAACA